AUGUCCUCGUCCGACUUCUCGUCCACCAGAUUCACGUUCCUCGCGACCCUCUUCCUGCUCCUCUUCGUCUCGGCCGGGAUCGUCCUCCGCUCGUUCGUCCUGCGCCGGCGCUUCCGGAGACGAAUCGAAGAGGCCCUCGCCGCCGGCGUGCCCUUGACGCCUCCCUGGGGCGGCCCGCCCAUAUUGCCCAGGAUCCUCGAGAGACCGACGCUGUGGGACGUCUUCAUCAGGCCUGCGUCGAAGGAGGGAUGGAGCGAGACACUGCCAUUGGCGGCACAGGUCGCCGCGUCCAAGUCUAUGCAGUCUAACGAGAGUACGCUCUCCCUGCAAGGAGCCGGUCUACACGCCUCGACGUCCCCUUUCGCCCUCCUUCGACGUCCGUUCGCACGCCGGCGCGCGACCUCGACGCCUACUGCCUCGCCGAACAUCUCCAACCCUCUGCCAACAGAGGCUUCCGCGGACGACGUGCUUCCGCGUGCGGAAGCAGUGCAGGUUGCGGUUAUGGUGAUGAUGCCUAAUCCACAUCGACCGGUGCUCUGGCAGAACUCCGCCUCCGUCUCGCCGAAGGGUAAGGAGAAGAGCGUGUCGGGGGACUGGGACGAAGAAGAUGAAGAAGAGGAACAGGGCGUUCCCGACGUCGUACUGGGCCUAGCGCAGGUGCCGCAAAGGGGCAUGAUGGCUCGCUCACCCCAGCUAUGA